AUGAAAAAGGUACAGCCAGGAAGAUCAUGGACUAAAUAAGAGGAUAAUUAAUUACUUUAGGGAGUGGAAAUAUAUGGACGGGAUUGGGAUAAAAUAGCAAAAGUGAUGAAUAUCAAAUCUAAACCAUUACUAGAAGAGAGAUACAAAAAUCUGAUAAAUCAAAAACCUAAACCUAUUUGGGAAUUAAAUGAAGAUAUUUUAUUAUUACAAAUGGUAGAUAAACUAGGUAAGGAUUGGGAAAUGGUGUAGAAAGUUGUUAAAACUAAAGAUAUUGCUUCAUGCAAACGAAGAUUCGCCAAAAUAAGAGAUUCUUGUUUAAAUUUAGAAGGAGAAGAUAAAGACUUAGUGCUUUUAAACUAGUAUUGGUAUAAGGAAGAUGAAGAGAUGUUACUAUUCUUAUAUGAAUUAUAUAAUGGAGAUUGGAGUGAAAUAUUUAAGAGAAUACCAGAAAGAUAUCCAAAAUACAUUUAGGACCUAUUUAAAUCAAAAGGCUUAAUGGCAAAAAAGUAAAUGUUUGGUAAAUAAUUCUAUGAUGAAAUGAAUAGAGAUCCCAAAAGGAUUGAAGGAGGAAAUUAAUAAAAUAUGGGAUAAUGA